AUGCCGCUGCCUUCCAUUCGCAGGACCCCUAUCGACGAAUUCAACCGUUCCCAGCCGCUGCUAACGCUCGCGUUCCCUACCCUCUACCCUGACGGCAAGGCCGACUUCGUGGAGCCUCGCCUACGGAGCAUCACGUACCAGGACUACCUUGGCCAUGCGAUGAGAUGGCAUGACGGACGUUUUGCCCGCCAUAAGACGUGGCCUUUCGUCGCCCUCAACACGCUGUUACAGGAAGCGAUGGCUGAGCCUGACGAGCCAGAGGCUCAGGACCUGAUCCAGUCGAUCACGCGCCAAGCCGCGUCCCGGGAGCAAUUCACCCGCAUCUGGGGAUAUCACGUAUCUGCUGUCAACCCAGAGCCUCAGCGAAUACAGGCGCCUGGGGAAGGGAAUCCCCUGAUCGCACUGGAACUUCAGGGCGAGAGGAACGAUGGCCAGAUUAACCACUACAACCGCUUGCUUACCGUUGCGUGGCUAGCCAAUACAGAUGUUUCGCCCUGCACGAGCCUCCAGCAGGUAAUCGAUUACGCGGCCAAAUACUGCUCCAAGUCGGAAAAGAAGAGCGAGUCUUUUGCCCAGAUCGGGAAGGCCCUGAUGCCCCGGGUCAAGGACCACAACCCCCUUAUUUCUUUCACGUCAAAGCUCCUCAAUCAGCUGGUUGCUGAGCGGGAUUACUCGAAGCAGGAGGUCAGCCACUUGCUCCUCGGCCUGCCGUUACAGGAAGGCUCACGAACCUGCCUGUACGUUUGCCGUAAUCCUGACAGGCAUUCCCGCUCCCUCCGUAUUGACGGCGAUGAGGUGGACGAGGCCCCCAAUGUUUACGAAAAGUACACUCAACGCCCGGAAGCCCUAGCGGACCUAAGCUACGUCUCCUUCCUCAAGUGCUGGAAUAUCCGUCCUAGGGACCCUUCCAAGUGGAAGCAAUGGCAGCCAGUCAACGUUAACGGCAGACCUCGUCAACAGUGGCCAGAUUACUGCCGUGCCUUCUCCUAUUUCGCCUCGCCGCCCUUUUACCUGGGAACCCCCCAGGAAGAUCUUGACCUUCUUGGCCGCCGUGAUAUCGAUGUCAAUUACGACUGGACACGGCAUGUGGGUACAUAUCCGGAACUUCGAGACGGCUACUGGAAAGACCUUAUCGCUAGCCACCCCAUGGCCAACGAUGUGGAGGUCCUUGGCCCUCACUGGCGUAAUACGCUGAAUCCGCAACAACGGCUCGUGUACGACACAUUCAUGGGUCACUUCCAGGCGAAAAAUCCUACUCAAAUCCUUCUCCACGUUGAUGGUGGUGGUGGCACCGGCAAGUCGUUCCUUAUCAAGGUGCUUUCCUCCCAUCUUCAGGCGGCCGCUCUGCCGAAUCCUAGCCCUAUUUGCCGCGUAGCUCAACAGGCGUUGCGAGUAACCAGAUACGGGCAGCACCAUUCAUUCAUUGCUACGCCUCCCAGUAGGUGGUGCUUUACCGACCUUCCCCAGCCGACGCAGCCGCCCUUCAGUCCCGCCUACGGCGUCAAAUACCUCGUUAUCGAUGAAAAGAGCAUGCUGGGGAUUGAGCAGCUCGCGCGGAUCGAUUCCCGUCUGCGACAGGCCUUUCCACAGCGUAGCCUCGAGUUCUUCGGUGGUCGCCAGGCUGGUGAUGACCAGGCUCAGUUCCGUCAGGCGUUGCAGGAACUGCGUGAAGCCAGGCUAACGCAGAGCGAGGUUGACAGCUUCAGGGCCGCUUUGCGGGUGUAUUCUACAAGGCCAGCUGGCCUAGUUAACGGUGCUCAGGAUCCCCCGGCCGUUAUUAUGGUGGACUUUGAUAGCUACGACGGACCGCCAUAUCUAACAACUAACGAGGGCAGGAAAAUCUCACCCAUCCUCCCAAGCCUAACUAAGGAUCAAAUAGUUACUGAUCUCGCUACACGCGACUUCCAGGCCGGUAUUAGCUAUGUUGCUGUGUCACGGGUUACGUCGCUGCAAGGCUUACUCCUUGAGGCGCCUUUCGAUCGUCAGAGCCUCUAUAACCACACGCCGACGGAAGGGAUGAAGAUGCGCCUCGCUGACCAACAACGGCGUCAGGGUCAACAGCUGAGCGAUGCACCGUAUCCACCACUCUACCUUGACUAA